AUGUUGGCACCCCGCCAUAUGGCCCCGGGUAACCUGUCCAGUGUAACUGAAUUCAUAUUCAUGGGUAUCACCAGUGAUCAAACGUUGCCACAUUUUCUUUUCCUUCUGUUCUUGCUCAUAUAUCUUAUUACUGUUUUUGGAAACACUGCCAUCAUAUUAAUUAUAAUAAUGAUUAAUGACUUGCACAACCCAAUGUAUUUCUUUCUUAGCAAUUUGUCCUUCUCAGACCUAUGUUUCUGUUCUGCUGUGACUCCUAAAAUGCUGUAUGAUUUGCUUUCUGAGAAGAAGCUCAUCACUUUUGUUGGCUGUUUGCUACAACUAUUUUUCUUUGCUUUCUUUGCAACCACAGAAGGCUAUUUAUUAUCUACCAUGGCUUAUGACCGCUUUGUUGCAAUUUGUCAUCCUCUUCUCUAUGUGGUUAUCAUGAAUAGGAGAACAAGGUUGGUCCUGAUAACCGUUGUGUAUUUUGGUGGACUUGUCACAGCUGGGAUACACACAAGUAGCACAUUUAGUUUGAGUUUUUGUGGAUCAAAUGUAAUAAACCACUACUACUGUGACAUAAACCCCCUGAUGUCACUCUCCUGUUCUGAUACGUAUAUAAACAAAACAGUCGUAUUUAGUAUAGUUGCCACUCUAGGUCUGUUUUCGGCCGCAGUUACCUUAACCUCCUAUGUCUACAUAUUUUUCACCAUAAUGAACAUCCGCUCAAUAGAGGGAAGACACAAAGCAUUUUCUACAUGUAGCUCCCAUCUGUCCUGUGUUGCCUUGUUUUAUGGAACUGUUUUUUUCAUGUAUCUACGUCCAGCUUCCAGCUAUUCUGUUACCCAAGAAAAAGUGGUGUCAAUCUUUUACACUAUGGUUAUCCCAAUGAUGAACCCCAUCAUCUAUAGCUUGCGAAACAGAGAAGUGAAAGAUGCUGUGACUCAUUAUAUUAAAAAACUAUUAUAA